UGUGGGAGGAACCGUGGAAUUUUAUGAUUUAUUAAAAGACAGCAGUGUUUUUUAAACGCCACGGACAAAACAAGCACAUUUAAUGUCCAAUAUCUUUUUACGAACUACAAUCUCGAAUAGAGAUUGUAGUCUCUAUUGUCAAAUUCGGCUACAUUAGCUAUUAGUUAUUGCAACUUUUCGGUCGACACACUAACCUAGACGUUGAUAUGUAGUGGUAGUACAUAGUGGGCGAGGCUCGUUGUAUCAUGUCCUGGUUUGUGUCCUUAUCCAGAUACAACAAUGUGACUUUAUUUCAUAUUCGGAGCUGGGCGGGAGUUGUGAAACAGGUUGACAGCAAUGAUAAGCACCCGAGUCCGAAGGUUGAGUCACUGCUUGCAGCCGCACAACACGAAUGAGCGAUUAGCUGCACACACGGCAUCGAUUCUUGCUGUAGACGACACUAAGGCGAGGGGCCACGAAGGAUAAAAACGCUCCCACAAUGGGGACUCCGAGGAACGGCAUGACGAAGGAAAGUUUUAUUCUGUCUGUGGAUGUCGGCACGACGUCAAUUAAAUGCCACGUGUAUGACAAGAGGGCAAACAUUCGUGGAUCUUCCUCCACAGAGGUGCGUCCGCUGUAUCCGAAGGCAGGGCAUGUGGAGCUUGAUCCAGAUGCACUGUGGAAAGGCUUAAUCUCUGUAGUGAAGGGGGCAGUGCAAGAUGCAGGAGUCCAAAUGCGUCAGAUGAAGGCGCUCGGCAUCUCUACUCAGCGAGCCACCUUCACCACAUGGGACAGGAGAACUGGUGUUCCUUUCCAUAAUUUUAUCACCUGGCAGGACCAGAGAGCAGCAGACUUAGUGAGGUCCUGGAACAAAUCUUGCACUAUGAAAGCGAUCCACGGUGUGAUGAAGAUUCUCUACUUCCUGACCAGGCAGAAGCGGUUACUUUCAGCAAGUCUGAUUAUCUUCUCCACUCAACAUGUCACCUUCCGCCUUGUCUGGGCUCUGAGACACUACAAACAGGUUGCUCAAGCUGUGGCAGAAGGAAACUGCUGCUUUGGAACAGUUGACACCUGGCUCUUGUUUAAACUGACGAAAGGACUGACUCAUGCCACAGACUACUCAAAUGCAAGUGCAACGGGGAUUUUUGACUCUUAUCAGAUGUGUUGGAGUGAGUUUCUAUGUUCUCUGGUCUCCCUGCCUCUCUCCAUUUUCCCAAAAGUGGAAAAUACAGACCAUGAAUUUGGUUUCACAGACCCGUCCAUAUUUGGAGUAUCCAUUCCCAUUAUGUCAGUGAUGGCGGACCAACAGGCCGCCAUGUUUGGAGAGUGCUGUUUCAAUGCCGGUGAUGUGAAGAUCACCAUGGGAACAGGAACCUUCAUGGACAUAAACACCGGCAGCAAACCUCACACGUCCUUGGCUGGUCUCUAUCCAGUGGUGGGGUGGAAGACAGGCUCAGAGUUGGUCUAUCUGGCUGAGGGCAACGCAGCAGAUACUGGAACUGCCAUUAGAUGGGCCCAGGAACUGGAUCUCUUCUCUGACGUGGAGGAUACAAGCACCAUGGCUUACAGCGUCAGUGACUCAGAUGGUGUGUGUUUCGUCCCGUCUUUCAGCGGCCUGCAGGCUCCUCUGAAUGACCCCAAAGCUUGCGCUUCCUUCAUGGGCCUCAAACUUUCCACCACCAAAUGUCAUCUGGUGCGUGCCAUUCUGGAAUCUAUUGCGUUCAGAAACAAGCAGCUAUAUGAUACGAUGCUAAGAGAAACCAACAUUCCCAUUACCAAGAUCAGGGUGGACGGCGGGGUUUCCUCUAAUGACUUCAUCAUGCAGCUCACUGCAGACCUGUUUGGUAGGAAGGUAGCAAGAUGCCGGCACCGUGAAAUGUCCUGUCUGGGGGCUGCUUUUGUAGCCGGGCUUGCCGUGGGCUACUGGAAAACCCGGGAAGAGCUGAAGAAGCUGCAGAGCGCAGACAAUGUGUUUUGUCCCAAAGGACUCUUCGGUGACAGUGCUAGUUCCCAGUACACACUCAUCCUCCAGAGCUGGGAAGGGGCCCUCCGGCGCUCCAUGAACUGGUACAAGAAGCCUUGACACCGGAUCCUCUUCCAGACUAAUAGCACUUUGUUGUUAUGUACACUUGGAAACAAAAGAGGGACCAUUUUGACACGUCACAAUUGGGACCAUGUGAUCAAUUUCUCUCAUAGGUUCUCUCAGGUUUACAGAUGUUGCUACACGGAGGUACUAACGUUUGAAAUGUUUAACAGUGUUUUCAUGAAGAAACGCACCCUUUUCAACCAAAUCCCACAUUAGACACACCAGUCCCUUUCAGGUGGUGGGAAAGGAACAUCACUUGACACCAGGUACACCUUGGCUUUGUACAAUCUGAGCACACUCAAUAGGUCCGUCCUCACAUUAAAGCACCCACAGCAGGGGUCACCAACGUUUUUCCGUGUGAGAGCUACUUUUACAAAAUGAAAAUGGCCAAGAGCUACUCAUUUUUGUAACAUUUAUUUUCAGAGCUUAUUUUAAACCCAAACAAAGCGAAUAUGCUUGUUUUACCAGAACAUUAACAAAAUGCUGGUGUCCACAACUCACAUUUUGUAUUUCAGAAUGCAUUUAUUUCUACUGUUCUUUCAUUAUUAACUGAAAACCUGAAUGAAAAGCAGGCUUGCGGGCACCUCAUGUGGUCUGGGGGGGCUACCUGGUGCCCGCGGGUACCACGUUGGUGACCUCUGACCUACAGCAUGCUUGUAUGUAAAAAUGUGACCUCCAUCACUGUUGCUAGACCAGUAAGAUGAUUGUCUGACAUUAUAAUAUUAUAUUAUUAUUAUUAUUAGCAAAGCAAAUUUUUGCCCAUGACAAUUGACUGGAAUAUGGGGAACUCUAAAUUGUCAGUUUCCUGAAUGGUGGAAAAAAAAAACAAACCUGAAUGUCUUUUACAUGCCGUGUUUAGUUUGUGUACUAACCAUCAUUUGCUGUGCCUUUAUCUGUGCGUCUUCUGGAUUGCCUGGUAUUGACUUGAGUUGUUUUAAUUUACUUAACAUUCCCUUAACAUCUGAAUGCAGAUUUAUAUCUAUAGCAUAUUAUUGUCAUGACAGAGCAUCAUGAAACCCAGUGCGGUCGUCUGUUAAUGUAAAAGCAGAACGUGAUGUAAUAUCAGCUCGCUUUAACAGAAUUUGGGCUGUUGGGAGCCAGUGGCUUCAGCGUGUGUCUGCACAUCACUGCGUUAUUGUGCUCUCAAACGCAACAAGCAAGCAUGACACUGACCUCACAUGCCCUCGCAUACACGCUCUUCACUUGUGGUGAUGGUGGUUUGUGUAGGAUGACUGCAAUAUAAAAAUGUGUGUACAUGUUUACAGCACAAUAAAUGUUUGUAUUUGU